AUGGUUGAGAUCAAGGAUAUAUUCUCUAAUUCUAAAACAUGUUUCUCUGAGGUUUCUUCUGAUGUUUCAGAGUUGGUGGUCAGAAGUUCUUCACUUUCUUCUAGUCUUUCUUCUAUGAAAAAUUUUAAAGUGGAAAUACCAUUUAGAAUUUUAACUGUUUGUGUAGUAACACCUAAAACCACGACAUUUAAUCCUAUGAUGGGAAAAUUGUCAUAA